AUGCGAAUGUGCCUACUUGUACUAACUAUUUUGGGAUCUCUAACGACGAUCCUCACCCACGUGACGUUCACAAAUAUAAAGUGCCGCUCAAAGGACGUAAAGUUUGCUAGCUUUGAAAAAUGUUACAUAAAAGCGGUCAACCGUACACAUAAGUACAUCGAUGUGUAUGUAAAUCUGUAUGAAAAGAAUGUAGAUAAUGUCACAGUUAAUGUGAAAUUCAUGCGAAACGAUCAUGGCUAUAAACCAUUUUUCGUAGAUGUCACCGUUGACGCUUGCAAAUUCCUUAAAAAUCAACGGCAACCGCUGGCGAAAUUGUUUUUUGAUCUGUACAAGAGUAGCUCCAACCUUAAUCAUUCCUGCCCAUACAAUCACGACCUAAUUGUGGAUCACUUUUGGACUGGAAAUUUUGAAGCGGAUCUUAUAAAAUACAUCCCCAUACAAAAGGGCGAUUAUGCCAUCUUUUCCGAAUGGUCUGCAUAUAAUAUUGCUCGAGCGUUUAUAAAUAUAUACAUAAGACUAGAAUAG